GGUAUGAAGGUAGGUAGAUGGGAUAUUAUGUAUUGCUAUAAGAUAAAACAUAUAUAAAUGUAAAUAUUAUUUAAGUAUAAAGGGUAUAUUAUAAAAUACAGCGGCGGUGGGUUGUAUGAUUAAGAUGGAAAUUAGAAAAAAAUUGGAAAAUGGGUAGAGUUAUAUGAAAAGUUUCAUAUCAAUAUUACUCAAAUUGGCGAAUAUAAUACAAAUGGUAAGAAGGUAGGUAAAUGGAUUAUUAGGUACUAAAUAAAAAAAAAUUAGUCGAAAUAUAAAUAAAUGUAAAUAUUGUUAGGUUUUAAGGGGAUUAUAUAUAGAGGCUGCGGAUACUACGAUUAAGAAGGUAAUUAGAGCAAGGUUGGUAAAUGGGUAGAGUUAAAGGUAUGGCUUGGUUAUGAUAAAUAAAUAUAAUCUGUUGGUGAAUAUAAUUUGAAUGGUAUCAAGGUAGGUAAUUGGAUUAUUAGGGAAUAUAACAAUAAAAAUAAGCAGAAAUACCAAACAAUGUAAUGUUUUUAGAAUAUAAGGACUACAGCGGA